AUGCUCAGACAGUUUGCUGGAAGGGAGUUCAAGCGUCGGUUUUCUACGGGAAUCAAGACGAUGCCAACAAAGCUUACCAAACUGCCAAAUGGUAUUCGUGUCGUAACGGACGAAGCUCCGGGCCAUUUUAGUGCCAUGGGCAUUUUCGUUGAUGCUGGUUCAAGAUAUGAGAGCCAGUUUCCAGAAUUAACCGGCCACUCUCACAUCAUCGAUAGACUUGCAUUCAAAUCAACAUCCAAAUUCGAUGGGAAAUCUAUGGUAGAAAACACCAAUCAUUUAGGUGGCAACUUUAUGUGUGCCUCUUCAAGAGAGUCAUUGAUAUACCAGGCUUCAGUGUUCAACAAAGAUGUGGACAAGAUGGCUGAAAUCCUCAGUUCUACAGUCAAAGAACCUUUAUUUACUGAGGAGGAAGUUUCUAAUCAGAUAGCAACAGCAGAUUAUGAGUUGGAUGAGUUAUGGCUGCAACCUGACCUAAUUCUUCCCGAAUUGUCUCAACAGGUAGCUUAUGGAUCAAAAAAUUUGGGUUCCCCGCUGCUCUGUCCGAAGGAGUCUUUAGCAAACAUCUCAAGAGAAUCCCUUUUGAAGUAUCGUGAAAUAUUUUUUAGACCUGAGAACUUGGUCGUUGCUAUGUUGGGAGUUCCCCACGAGAAGGCCUUGGAACUUGUUGAUAAAAAUUUAGGCGAUAUGAAAUCUGUCGGUUCCAGUCCAGUGGUCAAAGAACCUGCUAAAUAUACAGGAGGAGAACUUUCUUUGCCUCCAGUUCCUCCUAUGGGUGGGCUUCCCGAGUUUCAUCACAUAUAUCUUACAUUUGAAGGUGUCCCCGUGGACUCUGACGAUGUCUACUCACUGGCUACUUUGCAGAUGCUCGUCGGUGGUGGUGGAUCUUUCUCUGCUGGUGGUCCAGGAAAAGGAAUGUAUGCCAGAGCAUACACGCGAGUUCUGAAUCAGUACGGUUUUAUUGAAAGUUGCAAUUCAUAUAUACACAAUUUCUCAGACUCGGGGCUGUUUGGUCUCUCAAUUUCAAGCAUUCCGCAGGCAAAUAAAGUUGUUGCAGAACUCUUAGGUCAUGAACUGAGCUGCUUGUUUUCUGAAAAUCCGGGCAAAGGUGCUCUUACCAAUGCCGAAGUAAACCGUGCCAAAAAUCAGCUACGGUCUUCUUUGUUGAUGAACUUGGAGAGCAAGAUGGUUCAAUUAGAAGAACUAGGAAGACACAUUCAAGUUUAUGGCAGAAAAGUUGAUGUCACAGAGAUGUGUGAUAAAAUCAGCAAAGUUACAAAGGAAGAUCUAGUUGCAAUUGCAAAGAAAGUCUUGACCGGAAGCAACCCGACUAUAGUUGUUCAAGGUGACAGAGAAUCUUAUGGAGACAUUGAGGGUACUUUGGCAUCUUUUGGAGUUGGUUUAGAUGCCGCUUCCAAAGCUUCAAAGAAAAAAACGAGAGGUUGGUUCUAA